AUGAAGAAUGAAGGGAUUAUCAAAUCAUCUCAAGUUUUCAUUUUUUUUAUUUUAAUUUUAAUGUUGACAAGUAAUAAUUCAGUUAUCAGGGCUACAAGCAGCAAUGAAUUAUUACAACAACAACAACAUAAUAAACAAAAUAAAAAACAGCAACAACAACAACAGUAUACUGACGAUUCAAUAAUAUUUAUUCAAAAUAAUAUAAAUGAACAAAAUAUAAAAAAGCAAAUUGGGUUUCAUUAUACUUUUACACAGGAAUCAAAUAUGCCCACUUUAUUUGGGAAUACUUUUAUUUUAAGUGAAGGUUCAAGUUUAAUAGGUGGAGGAACUGUCGAUCAGCAGCUACAGCAAUUACAGCAAUUAGCACAACUUCAUCAGCAACAACACCAUUCUAAUAUAUUACAAAGAUCAUUCAUUAAAGAGAAUGGGGUGGAUCAAUUAUCUUCACCAUUAAUAGCUACGAAUACAAAUAAAAAAAAAAAUAAUAAUAACAACAACAACAACAAUGAUAACAGUGUUAAUUUAGUAGGUUUAAAAACUAUUUCAACUUUAUCAUUAGAUUUUGUAUCAUCAUUUAAAAAAUCAUAUUAUCAAUAUCAACAUGUAGUUGUAAAUAGUAAUAGUAAUAAUCAUGAUAAUGAUAACGAUAAUAAGAUUAAUAAUAAUAAUAAUAAUAACAAUAUUAAUAAUAAUAAUAUUAAUAAUAAUAUAAAUAAUAAUAAAAAUAUUAAUAAUAAUGGCAAUAAUAAGGAUGAUAGUAGUAUUGAUGAUAUUGAUUUGCAAAGUAAAACUCAGAGAAUAUAUAAAAUUAAAAAAGAAGGGUUUAUGAUAAAACCGAGCAGCCUGGAGUUUAAAAGAGGAAGUUUAUGUGUACCAACUUAUAAGAUUAUAGAGUUUAUAAAUAGUAAUGAAAAAGAUUCGGUUCAUAUUUUAUCAGUAACAACAGAGGAUUUAAACUUUUUUACACUUGUUAGUAGUUUGGUUUUAAAGCCAUUAGAAAGUGUCAAUAUUUCAAUUAUUUUUUUACCAAAAGAAAUUGGAGUUUUUAAAACAGAGUUUAUAGUAAAUACAAAUAUAGGUGAAUUCUCUUUCACAGUAAAAGGGGAAGGAGAAAAUAAUAUUUAUCAAUUAGAACCAAUUAUCGAUCAAAUGGUUUUGGUAGAUAAAAUUUUUGUAUCACCAAUUUUUAUAUAUAAUCCUCAUAAUAUAACUAUGAAAAUUACCGAUAUUUCAACUAAUGGAAAACCAUUUUAUCUUUCACCUCCAUCACCUUUAACUCAAUUAUUUAAUGAAGCUGAUUCAAUUGAAAAGCAUCCAUGGGAAAUUCCACCAUUUACCAAAUCUCAUUUAAUAAAUUUAUUUUUCUUUUCACCAGUCCCCGGUAUAUUUAAUGGUUAUAUUAAUAUUGAGUCAAAUUUUGGUGUAUUUUUAAUUCAAGCCGAUAUGGUUUCUGUAGAUGAAGGGGUUUAUGUGUUCCCAAAAGAAAUUGAUUUUGGUUAUAUUACUAGCUCCACAGAUUUUGAAACAGUUUCAUUAUUUAUUUUAAAUGCAGAUCAAAAGGACUUAAAUAUAAAAAUCGAACCAUAUUUCGAAGAUAAUGAAGGUCAAAGUGGAGAUAUCUCUAAUGGCAAGAAACGUAAAAUUGGUGAUGGAAGUUCAAAUAUUAAAUGUGCAAACUCAAACAAUUUGAAAUUUAUUCAACAUAAUACAAAAAUAUCUUUAAUGACACAUAAAAUGGAAUUAGGUCAUUUUAUUUUCAAUGGUGAAGAGGAAGGUGAAUUUAGAGGAAAAUAUAUUUUAAAGAUUGAGGAUCACAAAGACAUUAUUAUUCCAUAUAGAGCAUCAGUUACCCACGGCCAUUUAGCAUAUAAUCCCGAAGAUAUUUUAUUCCCAUAUGGUGUGUUUAAGAGUAUCGAUAAGGAAUAUCCAUCAAUUAUCAAGAAAUUAACUCUACAUAAUUAUUUUCCAAUUCCAGUUUCAAUCCAAACUGUUCAAAUUUUAGAUGAUGAGGAAUACAAAGUUGAGUCCGCUCCAUUAGGUCAAACUGCUUUUCCUAAUAAAUCAUGGGAUCCAAUUAUCAUAUCAUUCAAUAGAAAGAAAAUAUCUGAUGGUCAAGAAAAUACACCAACUCAUCAUUUACAAAAUUCAAAAUAUUCCUCAUUAGUAAUUUUAACAAAUAUCUCAAGCUUACAAGUCCAACUACAUCGUUUUAAUGGCCAUUUAGAUUUUUCAUCAAAUUUAUUAGAUUUUGAAAAUUUAAAUUAUAAAAAGAUUGACUUUGGAAUUAUAAGUAUAAAUCAAUCAAGAAAGAAAUUAAUUAAAUUUAAAAAUAACAACCCAUUUACAUUAGAUAUUGAAUGCUUAUCAAUUAUUAGUGAAAAUGAUAGUGAUGUAGAAUUAAAUAGAUUGGUUUCAAUUAAAAUAGAUAAAUUUAUCAAUGAAAAUGGUCAAGAGGUUUAUCUUUCAGAUUCUCAAAAGAGGCAAAUAAAUGAAAGGUGUAAAGUUUCAAAAUUAUGUCCAUUACCAAGCAAACAAAACUCUAAUAGUGCUGGAGAUAAAACAAUUGGCAGUAGUUCUGGUAUAAUUAAUGGAAAUGGUUAUUUAUCAAAAAUUUUUUCAAAUCCAAACAAAUCAAUUUUUUCACUAAAGCCAUUUCACACUGCAUUUUUAGUAUUCGAAUUUAAUAGAUGUAAAACCGAACGAACUUCAGAAGGUAAAUCAAUUAAACUGUUAAUGAAUACCCAAAUUAAAACUUUAGAAAUUCCAAUUCAUUUCAAUGUUUUAGCAGGAUCCUUAAAUUUAUCACCAAACUCAAUCAAUUUAAACAUUGGUGUUGAUACUAAUAAUGGUGAAAAUGAAGAAAAAGAAAAAUCAAACACAGAUACAAAUAGAAAAAAGACAAUCGACAAUUCCACAGAAAAAGAUGCAUCACCAAAUUUAAUAAUAAAGCCUUUAUAUCUCGCCAACUCAUAUCCAAUUAUUGUAAAUGUAUCAUCUAUAGAAAGUAAAGAUAAAAGACUCCAACUUAAACUAUUAAAUAAUCAAUUAGAACCAAACCAAAAAACUCAUUUCGCAAAUUUAAUAUUCGAUCCAUUAUUAAUCACAGAAUCACCAAAUGAAGUUAAUAAUAGUUUAAAUAAUAAUAACAACGUUAGUUUUGAUAAAAAAUAUUUUGAGCAAAGAUUAUCAAUCGAAGAAUUUUUAAAUAGAGAAGAUAUUUGGAUAAAAAAUUCAACUAAAAUUUUAAAUUCAAAUGAUGGUAGAGAUAAAUAUUAUUUAACAUUAAAAUCAAAUGUCAUCGUACACACAGAUUUACCAUUAGAUUUAAAUAUAGAAACCCAAAUAUCAGUUGAAAAGCCAACUAUACCAGUUUACGAUUUAUCAUCACUAUCAAGUACAAUGAUGAAAAAUAGUCCUCAAACUGACCAAUCUGAUUCCUCCCCAACCAAGGAAACUACCACAGGUGAAGUCGACGAAAGUUCAAUUUAUACAAAAUUAAUCAAAGAAAAUCAUCAAGAACCUCAAAAUUAUUUUGAAAUUAUUAAUUUUGGUAAAACAAGAAUUGGCCAAGAGUCAAUCAAAACAUUGUUAAUUCAUAACCCAUUCGAUUGUGAAAUUUCUAUUUCAUUGUUACCAAUGGAUCAGCACGACAUAAUGAUUUCAAUUUUAAACGAAACCUAUUUCUCAAAACCAAAUGUAUCAUCUUCAAGUAGUGGCCCAAUUAACUUGACAACAAAAACUCUUUCAAAUCAGCUUAGACAAUAUUUUAAUUUAAAUAGUAAUAAUGUCAAUAUUAAUGGAGUUAAUAAUAAUUCAAAUUAUUCAAAUAGUUUAUUGGUAAAAUUCAAUGGUUUAAACAAUUUUAGAAUUGAUAGAGAUAACUUUGAGAUCAAUAGAACAAUCAAACCUAAAGGUUUCCUCAAAUUUGGUCCAAUAAAAUUUAUUCCCAAAGAAAUUGGAUCCAGUAGUUGGUUUAUCUAUUUAAAGAACAAUUAUACCUCAUCACUUACACCAAUAAAACUAAUUGGAGAAUCUGAUGGUGGCCGUUUAGCAAUGUUCGAAAAAGGUGGUAAAUUGGUUUCAUCUUCAGCAUCACCAACAUCCUCAAAUAUAUUAUCAUUCAAAGAUAAAUCAUUUGAAAUUUCAACAUUGUUUUUAGAAUUAAAUAAAACUCAUCUCAGUCCAUGUAUAUUUAAAAAGAGAGAAGAAGAGGUUGAUAAUUUAAAUUCAGAAAUUUUAUUUGACUCAAAGAACCAAAAGAAAGGAAAUCAUAUACCUCAAUCAUCCUAUAAAGAUACUAAAAUCGAAAUCAAUAAAACAAUUCAUAUUGUAAACAAUGGUGAUAUGUCAUUAGAGAUUUUAGAUAUUUCAAUUGGUGAUAAUAGUAGUAAUCAAAAUAAUAAGAAUCAUCAUUCUUUCCCAUCGAACAAUCAUGGUGACAAUACCGGUACUAGUGGUGUCCAAUCAGCAAAUGGUAAUAAUUGCUUUGGUUUUGGUUUUAAAAUUCAAAACUGUUUAGAAAUUCUUUCAAACAAAGACUACUCGAUUUUAAAACCAGGCGAUUCGUUUAAACUAAUCGUUAGCUUUGAACCAGAUUUUAGCACAUCGUUAAUCAAAAAAGAUUUAGUUAUUAGAACUAAUCAGAAAGAUUUUACGUUUACUUUAAUUGGUUCACUACCACACGAUUAUUUACCAUUGUGCACCCAUCUCUCUCCAUCCUUCUUUUACGAGUAUCCUGCCAAAAUUAUCUUUAUAAUUUGUAUGGUUAUACUGUUCUUUGUUUUAAUUUUCUUAACUUGGAAAGAAUAUUCAAAUGUAUUUAAAAUUUCAAAUACUGGUUCCGAUACUGAAGAAUAUGAAAAUGAAUCGCUAAUUAGCUAUCAUUCAAAAUCAGCUGCGAACCAUAUUAAUAAUCACAAUAGUCGUUUAAACCAUUUAAAUCAUCAAACCAAUAAUUUACAACAUUUAGACUCUAUUCAUUCGAAUAUCCCUAAAUCACCUGAUAAAUCAAAUGACAAUUUAAGAAUCAAAAAGAAAAAAGCAAACUCAAGAGUUACUUUUAAAACUGCUCCACAACAACAAAUUAUUUAUCAACCACAACAACCAAUUGCUCCACCCUCUUCACCUCCUUCACAACUAUACAUUAAUCCUUCAAUUUCAGUUUCUCAACCAGAUCAACAAAUAAGUCAAAAAAGCCAAACAUCAUCUUCUUCAUCAUCUUCUUCAUCAUCUUCAUCAUCGCCACCACCAUCUUCAUCCUCAUCCUCAUCCUCAUUAUCAUCUCCCCCUGAUCCAUCUUCAUCUCCAUCACCAUCUUCUUCUUUAUCCUCAUCAUCUUCACCACCAUUACCUUCGGUUCCAUCCCCAGGCCCAUCAGAUCCUAUAUCACUUAAAGGAAAUGAGAAUACUUUUGAUAAAGAAAAGCCACAAGAACAAACAAAUACUCCCACAGCCAAUAAAGAAAAUAAAAAGCUACAACAACCACAACAACCACAACCAUCACAACAACCACAACCAUCACAACAACCACUGCAACAACAACAACCACAACAAUCACAACAACAACCACAAAUUCAAUUAAAUCCACCGACCAAUGUACAAACACAGGUUAUAAAAGAAGAUAAAAAACCUUUACAGCAACCAAUCAAACAAAAUUCAGCCCCACAACAAUCAUUACAGUUAUCCAAACCUUCUACACAAGCAAAUAUCAAAUCUCAAAGUACAACUCAAGAUGCUCAAAAUAGUAAACAAUUUAAACCAAAAAAUGAUGAUAAUAAAAAGAAAGAUAACCCAACUAUCAACACUAACAAUCAUGAUCAAUUAGAUAAAACUAAAAGAUUCCAGAAAAAAAACCAAACUCAACAGCAAACAUCCCAACAAGUACAAACCAACUCUCAUCAUAAACAAAAUCAACAUUCAUUAAACAACCAUCACAACCAACAUACACAAAGAGAACACCAAAAAACAAGAAAACCAUAUGAUAGUAAUUAUAACAAUAGUAAUAGAAGAGAGAACUCUAAGACCUAUGUCCCAAAACAACAAUCCUAUCAGUAUCAACAACAUCAACAUCAACAUCAGCAUCAACAGCAACAGCAACACCAACAAUCACAACUAUCAAAUCAAAAUCAAUUUAAUAUUUCACCAACUCUCCAACCACAACAACAAUCACCUACACUUCAACCACAACAAUCACCUACACUUCAACCACAAAUUCAACAGCUUUAUCAACCUCAACCAAUCUAUCAUCAAAAUCAAAAUUUAUAUUCAAACCAAUCAUUAUAUAGCUCAAAUAUAUUUUCAAUUCCAAACUCACAAUCACCAUCACCACCACCAUUAUCAGGUUCUCCAUCACAGUUUAAUCCAUUCCAAGCAUUCAACCCUGAUUGGCUCAGUAAUGGUAAACAAACCUCAUCAACCUCAUCAUCCACAACAGCAACUACAAAUACCUCGUCAACCUCACCAACACCAGAUAAUAUUUAUAAAUCAUCUAUUGGCGUUAUUGGUAGUGGUAAAACCUCACCAUUUAUUUCGAACUCACCAAUUGGAUCUUUAAAUGGCACAGGUGGUAACAUUCGUGAUAGAAGUGGUAGUAUUGGUGGAUCUAGCAAUAAUAUUGGUAAUAAUAGUAACAUAAUUAAUAAUAACAACACAAAUAAUAACAGCAAUGGACUAUCUAAUAGUAACAACAAUAGAACCAGAAAUGAAUAUAAUAAUCAAGAUGAUUCUUUCUUAAAAAUGAUUGGUCUUAACCCAUUUGAAUCAAAUAGUCAUUCCCAACAAAAUAGCCAAAGUUUCUUUAGUAAUCCAUUUGAUCUUUUUAGUAGACACCAAUCAUUCUUCUCAUCCUCAACAACAACGGCUCCAACAACCAACCAACCAACCAACCAAAAAACGUCAUCCUCUUUUAAUCCAUUUGCACCAUCGACUCCAAACAAUGAUGAUAAUAAAAAAUAA